GCGGGUAAACCCGCCCAAAAUAUUAUAUUAAUUAAAUGCGACAAGCGGGGAUAUCCCACGGCCUUGAAAAAACUUCCCCAAAUGAGACGACAUGCGGACAUAUCACAGGAACCUUCAAAUCGCCACCACCCGCCCAACUGCUGCCACCUGACGCUCGCCCAGACAACUACACUCAGACUGAAGUGCUUUUGUUGACGUCCGGUUCUAGCAUUUGCGGAUGUAUGGGCGUCUGUGAUUGGUGAGGGACGUGAAGUGUUUGGUUACUUUCUGGCCAGCUGUGCGAUCAGCUGUUUGGCGGUAUUGGGACUCGUGACUAAUCAUGAGUGGUAAGAAAAGAAAGCUUAGGACUGACAGGGAGAUCCAAGCUGCAUUAUUUGAAGCUUUUGACAGUGAGGAGGAGGCAGAACGUGUAGAUGAUCCUGCUGUCUCUGCUGUUGAUGACAGUAGUGACACUGCUGAGGACGACACAGAUGACACAUCACCACGUCCAAGUACCAGCUCUGCUACAGAAGCUCCACGUCGACAUAGGGACAGAUCACCAGCUGCACGUAUACAUAGGGACAGGUCACCAGCUCCACAUCUACUUAGGGACAGUUCACCAGAUUCACAGCCACGUAGUAGGUCAGGUACACCUGAACCACCCCAGGUACACGAGAUUAUACAUGGCAAAAGACAAUAUAUACUGAAGGACAGAAUUACCCAGACUUAGACAGUAUUCCUGCUUUCACUGGUCAGCCAGGUGUACAGGGUUUUGAUAAUCUGAAUCCAUACCAAUGUUUCACUCAAUUUUUUCCCAUGCCAAUUUAUGACUUAGUUGCUACGGAGACAAACCGUUAUGCUAAGCAAAGGUUAGAUGAAAUAGGAGAAUUACCUAGAAGGUCGAGGUUUAGGCAGUGGAAGGAUGUACAUUCCCAGGAAAUAAAAGCUAUGGUAGCAAUGGAAAUUGGAAAGGGACUGGUUCACAAGCCCACCUUGCAAUCAUAUUUUCAGGAUUCCUAUUGGCUUACACGAACACCUGGUUUUGGUAAUAUUUUUUCUAGGGACCAGUACAUGCUACUAAAGUCGUUUGUACAUUUUGCCAAUAAUGAGGACCAAGGUGAAGAUGAUAUUCCUGACAGAUUAUUCAAAGUUAGAAAACUAAUUGACCUGGUAAGUAAUACAUAUGCUGCUGCUUAUAUCCCCAACAAAGAAAUAUGUGUGGAUGAGAGCAUGCUCAAAUUCAAGGGGAGACUUUUUUGGAAACAGUACCUGCCUAGUAAACCUAGUACAAAAUGGGGAAUAAAACUGUGGUCUUUCUGUGACUCCCAUACUGGUUUUCUCGUAAGAUUUCAGAUAUAUACAGGUAAGGAAGCAGCAACACAAGAGCACGGAUUGGGCUAUAGGGUAGUAAAAGAUUUAUUACAAGGCUAUGAAAAUCAGGGAUAUAUUGUGUACAUGGAUAACUUUUACUCCAGUUUACAGUUGUAUGAAUAUCUUAGAGUGAAGAAAAUAGGUGCAUGUGGCACAGUACGUGCAAACAGAAAGGGAUUGCCUAAAGAAAUGAAGAAUAUGAAACCAAAGCGUGGUGCACUUCCAACAAUCUGGGAGAAUGCAAACAAAACAAUGCUUGCAUGUACAUGGCAAGACACGGGUAAAGUCAAUAUGUUGGCCACGGUGGGUAAUGUAGGAGUAACUGGUGUUGAAGUACAUGCAAAAACAGGUUUGAGGACUGUAAAAAAACCAAAUAUUCAGGUUAUGUAUAAUAAACAUAUGGGAGGGGUGGACAAAUUUGACCAGUUGUGCUCAACCUAUCCUUUUGAACGGAGACAUAAAAAGUGGUAUCAGACUCUGUGGCAUUUUUUUGUUGAAACAGCACUAGUCAAUGGUUGCAUUUGUUAUAAUAUACAAAAUCCCUUGAAGAAGAUGUCACAGAGGACAUUUAGGGAAAAUGUAAUAGAUGGGUUGCUGCAAGGGUAUAAUAGAAGAAUUCUAAAGAAAAGAGGUCGCAGGAGUAAUGACCCAACAGAUUUGAGGUUGGUACAGCGCCACUUUCCUAGGAACAAUAAACUGAAACAAAAGUCUGCACCAAACUGUGUUGUAUGUAGCAUACUACCUUCAGAGUGUACAAAAAAAGGGAAGGGUAGUUGCAAGCGUAAACAGACAAGCUAUUACUGUGAAAUGUGUGUUGCAAAGCCACCAUUGUGUAUUGCACCGUGUUUUGAGGAGUAUCACACCAAGGUAAAGUAUAAGAAAACUUGUGCCUGCACUGCAAAUGAUGACUAAAAUAUGUCAUAAGUAAAUAUGAAAUUGGUAAAUGAUAAUAUGUAAAUGACAUGCAUGCAUCGUAUUGGCUUGUCGAUUUUACAUAUUUGCCGUGUUUUGCAUGAUUAUGUAUUGAGGUAUAGGAGUAUUUCCUGAAUGCAAUAUAGCUUAUUUUUGUACUAUUUUGUUUGAUAUUAUCUGAAUAUGUAAUACAUAUC